UUCUUUUUUUUUACAGUCUAUGUCAUUUACAAACCUGAAUGACUUUCUUUCUUCUUUGGAACACAAAACAGAUAUUUUGAAUAAUGCACUUGUCACAAUUUUUAAGGAUAAGAUGGAUAUGAACCGGUCAAAGGAAACUAUAGCCCCAAAAGAACUGUGUUCAUGUUUGCUGUUUACAUGAGAAAACUCUACAAAGGAGGUACAUCUGUAUUAGUUAGAUCAUGUGUUCGGGUCAAAAAGGAAGUGGUAACUGUUUCAGACACAGAUAAUUAACCACACAGAAUGAGCCAGAAAACAGAAUAGCGCUUCCCUGAUAGCAGCAAAGAAAUUUUGAGCUGUGAGAGUGCAUAUACAAGAUUCUUCUGGAUCUUGGAGUUUCUGCCCUUCAUUUAAAAUAUAGAUAUUUAUGCAUUCUCUUGUAAAGAAAAAAAAAGUCUUUAUGCUCAGUUAUGUGGUACCUGUUCAUAGUAUUUAUCUUUACAGGUAAGCACAAAUUCCUUAUUUUCAUUAUAUCAGGCAUAUUAAGCAUUUAAUAUAAUAAUAAUAUGCACUCAUUGGGUUGAUAGUACAUGGAGCCUGUGGUUGUGUGAUGACCAGUCCAGACCAGAAGGUUAAUGCUGGGACAGAUGUACAUUUGUCGUGUAAUUUCUGUCAAUGUCCUGGACCUCUGGAUGUCAUGUCUCUUAGCGUGGAGUGGGAAUUCAAAGAUAUCUCCUCUGAGCUAAAAACAAUCAUCUACUACAUCAGAAAUCGAACUGUACCACUUCCUGGUGUAUUUUUUCAGGGAGAUGUCAAAUUAGGAAGUUUUGCUAUACAUCUUUCAUCCGUGACCCAUGAGAACAAUGGAACUUAUUUUUGUAGAUUGCGUCUCAAUGGCAGUAUCCACAAGAAUCAAACACACCUUUUUGUGCAAUCAGUAAUGACCAGGAAACACAGUCCAGGUGUGAAUCAUCUGCAGGCACAUCCUCCCUGGUGGCUGCCCCUGGUGUCAGUGUCUGGGUUUGUGUUACUAAUUGGAACCGUGUUUUUGGGGAGGAAGGCUUGCAGAUCAACCCAGAGAGAAAACAACUCAAAGCAAAACAUAGAAGAAGUUAAAACCAGCACAGAGAAAGAAGACAAGAGAAUGGCCUACAAAGUGGGGUACAGCUCUAUGCCUGAUCUGGCAGAUGUGAACAGUCCUCCCAACAGUUCAGACAGCAUCUAUGUUACCAUGCAUGGAUUCCCAUUUGCACCAGACGCUCCUGUCACAGCUGGACACAGCAGACGUCUUCCCUCUGACUGGCAGCCAAAGGAUGAGGAACCCAUUUAUGUCAGCUGUCACUAA